GAGCGUGUGUAGCAUACUUCCUGACCAAGAGGCGGGAAUACCGGAAUACAAUGAAUCCCUACAAGAGCCUAAAGGAACGUGAGGACAAAAAGCUGAGGAGCCGACGGUACAGGCUCUUCGCCUCUCGGUCGGCCAUUGUGCGGCUGUUCGGCCAUGAGGAUCAGCGUUUGUGGGAGACGGCGACCGAGGAGCUGAUGUCGGACGAGGAGGACAGCCCCUUGGAGCCGGGCGUAUGGGUGGCCCGCUCCCCGCGUUUCCGCUCGGCCCAGCUCAGCGAUCUGUGCCACCGCCUGGAUGCCAGCUCCAAGCAUGGCCUGCGACCGAACAGGGUCCAGGGGCCACCCUCCGAACGCCUGCCUUCCUCCGAGCUCAGCGAGUUCCCAGCCCCAGGCCUGGGCCUGGGGCAGCUCCCCACAGACCUCCGGCCUCACCCUUACAUCGAGGUGAAGGUAGAGAAAGACGACUGAGGUGGGCGGUGUUGGGAGAGGGGGAGAUCUACCAUUUCCAACCCUGACCCCGGCACCGCGCCACCCCACCCCACUGCCGCCCCCCCCCCCACCCCCGUAGUCGAAUAGUGGAGCGGGCUCCCCACACAUUCUGGAGGCGGCUGGAGACCCGUUUUGGUUUGGGGACCCUCAGGAGGCUGGGUGGUAACCCCCCCUCAUCUGCCUCCACUCAAUGUUUCCCCAACCUCGAUGGAGCGUCCAGUUCAAGAUGGCGAUGCGUAGGAUUGGACAUCUGUACAGGAACCUCCAUCUGCCUGUCCCUCUCAAUAAAGAGAAACCUCACUUUG